UCUCUCACGCGGUUCAAAACUACCUUUUGAAGAAUAACCUUCACCAUCUUAAAAAGGAGCAAGUUUGUAAGUAAUUCAUAUAUACUCUUAUUAAUGUUCCCUGUACAUUGUUGUUUUGGUCGUGUUUAAAAUGUAACAUUCUCUUAAGUACAGUAGUAUCAUCUAAUCCUGUACACCUCCCCGCCCACCAUUAAAAUGGGGAAUUAUUGCUUCCGCCAUUUUUGUUUUGGUUGUGAUAAAUUAAGCAUACAUUAGCAAGUACUCCGUUUUUACAAAAUAUGUUAAUCGGCAAAAUGUUACACUUUUAGAACCAUUUUGUAAUAUUUGUGUUGUUCUGUAAACCAAUAACAGUUUUGAAAUGUGUCCAGUAAAGAGAAACCUUGAAAAUAUGGGUUGCAAAAUGCUGGAAUGUUCUGGAAUAGUUGAGAACUUAAUACAUGGGAAUAAACAAGAAUACAUUAUAAUUUUUCCUCGUGUUCUUCUUUGUUUGAAAUUGAAAAUGUAAAAUGAAAUUUAGUUAAUGUGCACCAAAAAUACUUGAGCAGAAAAUAAAUCUAAAUGAAAAGAAUCUAAAUAAUAUUUAAAGUGUUAUCUUAUCUAAGAAUAAUCAGAGAAAACAAAUAUACUCUUAUGCCAAACAAAAAAAAAAUAUUACAAAUACAUCACAAUGCUAGCCAGCAUGUUUGUCUUUGCAUGACACUAAAAUAAGAUCAUUGUAAUGUACUUUUGCAUGUGUAAAUGCCCUUAAUCAAAGUAAAUCUUACCUAAAUGCUUUGUGUUGUUUGUAAAAAUGCUGUUAUUGAAAAUGUCCUAACCUUUCCCAAUUGACUAUUUCCAAAGUUCCUCAGCUAAGUAUUCCACCCGUUUGUAGCCUAACAGUACCUGUAAACAGAUUUUUCAGUUGACACUAAAAUCCACAAAAAAUCGCCAAGCGUCCCAAAUAAAAGGGUAAUUAAACAGCAGCCGAGUGUGAAGCGACUGGGAUGGGAAUCAGCACCUCCAAGUCCGAGUCCAUGGUUCUCGCCAGGAAAAGGGGGGAGGAGACCCUGCCCCAAGUGGAGGAAUUCAAGUACCUCUGAGUCUUGUUCACAAGUGAGGGAAGAGUGGAUCGUGAGAUCGACAGGUGGAUCGGUGCGGCGUCUUCAGUAAUGCGGACGCUGUAUCGAUCUUUUGUGGUGAAAAAGGUGCUGAGCCGGGAGGCGAAGCUCUCAAUUUACCGGUCGAUCUACGUUCCCAUCCUCAUCUAUGGUCAUGAGCUUUGGGUUAUGACCGAAAGGACAAGAUCACGGGUACAAGUGGCCGAAAUGAGUUUCCUCCGCCGGGUGGCAGGGCUCUCCUUUAGUGACAGGGUGAGAAGCUCUGCCAUCCGGGGGGAGCUCAAAGUAAAGCCGCUGCUCCUCCACAUCGAGAGGAGCCAGAUGAAGUGGUUUGGGCAUCUGGUCAGGAUGCCACCCGAACGCCUCCCUAGGGAGGUGUUUAGGGCACGUCCGACCGGUAGGAGGCCACGGGGAAGAUCCAUGACACGUUGGGAAGACUAUGUCUCCCGGGUGGCCUGAGAACGCCUCGGGAUCCCCUGGGAAGAGCUGGACCAAGUGGCUGGGGAGAGGAAAGUCUGGGCUUCCCUGCUUAGGCUGCUGCCCCCGCGACCCGACCUUCAGAUAAGCGGAAGAAGAUGGAUGGAUGGAUGGAUUAAAAAGCAGCUUUGUGCAGGCAACUGUUUGCCUUUGACAGUCAUGCAAAAAAUCCUCCAAACGGGAAUGGGACGAUCCGAUUCGUUCAUCUUCCGCCCUCUUCAGACGUGUUGUCACAGCAGGGUAUCAGUUCUGAGAGAUGCGCUUCAUUCCUGCAAGACAGUCUAUCCAGUGCUGCAGGGUCUCCCCCUGCGAGUGGCACCCUAAGGAGACGCCCCCUGACCACCAUGGAGGCACAAGAGGACAUAAGUAAUUAAAGGAAUGGCAACAGCGGAGGAUGAAUGUCCCAUAACAAGAAGAUAGAGAAAAAGAAGACGCUUAUCGACUACGGUGUCGGCACGGACUACAAAGGCGGAUGCACGCAAAUUUUCAGGACUUAUGCAGAUCACAAAUACAGAUCAGCAGGUACCAGAAGGGUCACAGGGAAGUUGGAGGCUAUCCCAGAUGUAUUUGGUUGAAAAAACUACUACCUGGAAUGAUCACAUUUCGACUGGAACUUAAGGGGUCGGAGAAGCCGUUGACGUCCAUGGCAGCCAGGUGUGCACAGCGUUUGACGCCAACGCACAAGCCGCCGCUGUUCUUCUCCUUGGCCUCGCCUUUACCAUCAGCGUCAUCCUCGUCAGCCGGGGGCAGGAGGUGGAUGCUCCAGACAGAUGUUAAAGUGCUUGGUCUGGUCGGGCUUGACGCGACGCAGCGCAAUCCGCGACUCUCCGAUGAACUCGUUAUGGGUCAGCUUGUCUUCGUCACACACGGACACCCUGGCGUUGAGACAGAGAGUACAAAGAACUGCUACAGUGGAGCACUACAAGGCGGCCAUGUUGCUGAGUGCUGCAGGUGAUGCUCUAGGCUACAGGAAGCAGCUGUGGGAGGACAACCAAUCAGGACCCGCCAUUCAUAAAGAGCUUGAGGAGCUCGGCGGGUUGAAGAACAUCAAAGUCGAGCUUCCUGAUUGGCCAGUCAGCGACGACACCAUCCUCCAUCUCGCCACGGCUGAGGGCCUCGCCACCGGUGAGCUCCGAAUUUUCCUCCUUUCUCUUGUUUUGCCGUCUUGAUUCGAUGGAUGUGAUCGCCCGUGUGGUCCUGAUGAGACCUCCUCCUUGCGCACACACGCCGCCCUCUUCAUCAAGGCUGAAGGUUAAAUCUAAUUUCCGGCCUUUGUGGCGUUGUUAGAGCGCCGCGUCAGUGAGAGAGCGGAGCUUGACCUUUUCGAAGAUAAGACAAACAAGAAGACCUAACAGCACGGUAACGUGGUUUUAAAAUGUUAACACUGACAAAGGCUGAUGUCAGCUGUCUCGCUCGCAGGGAAGCCGGGGGAAGAGCUCCUGCAAGAGGUAGCUGCUCGCUACGUGGAGGGCAUGAAAGACAUGGAAGGGAGGAAACCGGGACCUUCCAGCAUCCUGGGAGUGUCCCAGCUGAGGCCUGGUGAGGAGGGAGGCUACAGAGUUCCAUACAACCCUGAGGGCACAGGCUGUGGAGCCGCCGUGAGAUCCAUGUGCAUUGGACUCAGGUACCCAAAGCCUGACCAGCUGUUGUCUUUGGUGGCGGUUGCCGUGGAGACGGGCAGAAUGACCCACCCCCACCCCACGGGUUUCCUGGGAGCCGUGGCCUCAGCACUUUUCGCCGCGUACGCCGUCCAGCGCCGGCCAAUCACCACUUGGGGCUUGGGUCUGAUCAACGAGGCCUGUCCAAUAGCAAGGAACUUUGUUCAGGGUCGAGGCUUCGCUGUGGAGGAGGCGGAGAGAGACUGGGCUUUCUUCUGUGACAAGUGGCAGUGGUACCUGGACACCAGGGGCCUCUCCAACGGCUUGGGGCCCGCGCUUUGGCCCUCUUUGUUCGGCCCGGCCGAGCGCGACGAGGACUACAAGGGUUUCAGCAUGGCGGGAUGGGCGGGUUGUAGCGGUCACGACGCGCCCAUGAUUGCCUUGGACGCCCUGCUGGGGGCGGGAUCAGACUGGGAGGAGCUGAUGAGCAGGGCGGGCUUUCAUGGAGGGGUCAGUGACAGCACUGCUGUUAUCGCCUGCUGCUGCUGGGGUCUUCUCUACGGCACCCAGGGAGUCCCUGAAGGCAACUACAGCAACCUGGAGUACAAGGAUCGACUGAGGCGCAGUGGCGAGAUGCUCUACUCCCUCUCACACUGAGGUGGUGUCCCAACAUGGAUGUGUAAGCAGGCCACAUGACAUUGGUGCAGUGGCGUGUUACACACAUACACACUGUAUUUGCCUGAAGGGGACACAAUGUCCCACUGACCCACAGAGGAUCCACAAGGACAAAUGUCACAUGUUGUCACAUAGUAGCUACUGUGUCAAGUGGGCCCCCUAGUGACCAUUUGAAAUAAACGUGCAGCAUUGUUUUACAGUGGAACCAAUUGAAGCUAAUGAGAAUGUGAAGCUGUGACAUGAAUCGUGAGUAAAUCAUUAAUUAGUCUUUCUGCAGUCACUGUAAACAAAAUAAACUAAAACAACAUUGUUGUAGUUAAGUUGAAAACUUUAUUUUUUGGUCAUUAUGUUUUUAAUGUUUUUUUUGUCUUGUCCAUUUUUUUUAUUUUAUUUGACUAAAGAAGAGAAGAAAGGUGAUCCUUAACUACAGGGGCGAGUUAAAAAAAGUGAUUUGUUAAAACCCCACUCUGCUUUUCAAAUCUCUCCGGUCAUGCAUCAGAGCUGUCUUUCUGUCAACAAACACUUUGCUAGCAAUGUCUCCCUUGCUGAUUUGUCCUCUUGACUGGUCCAAGUUAGCAAGGUGCCUCCUGCCUCAGAGAAAAGAAAGAAGUUGAAGAGAAGUGAAGGAUUGUUGUUCUGCAGUCUUUUUCCGCUUGUCUUAUAAAAAGGUCCUUUUCUUCUGGGCCGAUGAACAAUAACAGCAGAAGAAGAUUAAGGUGCUAUGAGAAUUUGUCCUCCCCCCCGCUGCACUUUUUCUGUCAUAUAGGUUCAGUUACUUCAGUGGGGAUAUCGGCGCUCAUUCCUGGGAACAUAUUUAGGAGGGCAGGUCCGGAAAACUUAAUUUCCAGGUGGAUGGAAGGGGGCGGGGUGUGUCUGGACCUGCAUUGCUGUGAGCAGCAACAGAAAAGAAAAGUGAUUAAUAUAUAUAUAUUUUUUUUACAUUCUA